CAAUUUUGAUAAUUGGAAAUGGAUCGCAUCGUCGGAGGAAAUUUCAAAAUAGGUCGAAAGAUCGGAGCUGGAUCUUUCGGCGAGCUUUUCCUCGGAGUCAAUACACAAACGGGGGAAGAAGUUGCUAUAAAGAUGGAACAUGUGAAAACCAAGCACCCUCAACUUCAUUAUGAGUCGAAGUUAUACAUGCUUCUUCAAGGCGGAACUGGGAUUCCCCAGCUGAAGUGCUUUGGAGUUGAAGGUGAAUACAACGUUAUGGUUAUUGAGCUUCUAGGGCCAAGCCUCGAGGACUUGUUCAACUACUGCAAUCGCAAGCUCUUUAUGAAAACAGUGUUAAUGCUUGCAGAUCAGUUAAUCAACAGAAUUGAAUAUAUGCACUCAAGGGGAUUUCUUCACCGUGAUAUAAAACCUGACAACUUUCUAAUGGGUUUGGGUCGAAAAGCAAAUCAGGUGUAUAUCAUUGAUUAUGGCCUUGCGAAAAAGUAUAGGGAUCUACAAAGUCAUAAACACAUAUCCUAUAGAGAGAACAAGAAUCUUACAGGCACAGCUCGAUAUGCAAGCGUAAACACUCACCUUGGAGUUGAACAAAGCCGCAGAGAUGAUUUGGAAUCACUUGGUUACGUGCUCAUGUAUUUCUUACGAGGAAGCCUUCCCUGGCAAGGCCUGAAGGCAGGGACGAAAAAACAGAAGUAUGAUCAAAUCAGUGAAAAGAAGAUGCUUACUCCUGUUGAGGUACUUUGCAAGUCAUAUCCAUCAGAGUUCAUAUCAUAUUUCCAUUAUUGUCGUUCACUACGCUUCGAAGAUAAGCCAGAUUAUUCAUACUUGAAGAGGCUUUUCCGUGACUUGUUUAUUCGAGAAGGAUAUCAGUUUGACUAUGUUUUUGACUGGACAGUUCUCAAGUAUCCCCAGCUCACUGCCAGCUCUAAACAAAGGGGUCAGUGCUUGUCAACCUUGAGUUGUACAUUUCUCCUAUCACAGACUAUUCCUACUUCUUUUCUUGCGUCUUUUCAGCUGUCAAGUGGGAGAGAUGCUUUAAAUGCCGGAGCAUCUACUGAAAGACCAGAGAGGCCACCAGGUGGGCUUCAUUCUCUUGAGAGGUGGUAUUGUGUAACCCAAAUUGUUUGGACUGAUAAAGAUGUGUUUGAAGUACUUGUGGGACGAGAAAUCCUUGAUAGAUCUUCAGGUGCUGUUGAGGUAUCUACUGGGAAAUGUGCUUCAGGUAGUGGACAUCAUUGUGAUUCAAAGCAGAAGGUAUCACCAUCAAAGGAUGUGGAUAAUGAUUCGGGAAGGGCACGGACUUCUUCCACCCGCCCUAGCAGCGUGUCCAAGAAGGUUGUUGCCUCAAGCAGCAAGCACACAUCUUCUGUUGGUCCCAGUGAUAGUAGAUCAAGUUGGCUUCUUUCGGGUAGUAGUCGCCUCGCAGGUCAGAGACUCCAUUCAGGAUCUGAGCAGAGAUCGUCUCUCUCCCGAGGUACAACCUCGAAAGGUGAAGAUCAGAAUCGAAGUUACGAGAAUCUCUCAAGGCUUGCGGAUUCAAAGAAGGGAUGA